UUUCUCAUUUUAUUUGGUCAAUUAAAAUUUUUUUUCAGAUUAAAAAAUGCUACUUCUUAUUUAUAACAUUAAUCUUUAAAGGUCUGUGUGCUAAUAGGAUACAAAUUAUAUACUAACAUGCUUGGUAAAUUUGUUACUAAAGUAAUACAGUCAUUGCCAUCAUGGGAAGUGACAAAGUAUUAUGGAAGAGUAUGUAUAUAUCAAUUUAAAUGUUUGAAAUACAAAGUCCAGACAAGUGAAGCAUGGUUUAAUUUUAAAUGCAAAUUUAUGCCAGGUAGUCUUCGUAAUGAACUCGAAUGUGAAGAAGUUAUUCAGCCAAAGAAGAAAGAUGGAAAAGUUAAACAGAAAGCAAAAGAUGCAAACUUAAAUACUGAGACUUGCCAAAAACAGCAACCCGACACAAAAAAAGAGGACAAUGAAUGUUUAAAUUCUUAUGUUAAUCAAGAAAAGUUCCAAGAAGAUUAUCUAAAAAAAAAACAGAGGAAGAUGAAACAAGCUCGGCAAUGAGCAACACCUAAAGUGGAAGACCUAAAGAAUUUCCAGAUUUCCUUUGUACUAUAUUAAUCUUUUAUUACAAAUUUGUAAAACUUAUAAAAUUUUUUGUUUCUUAAUAUUAUGUUUUAUGUAAUACAGAAUAA